AUGAUCUGCAGCAGCAGCAGCAGCAAUGGCGGUACAGAAGUGGGAAUUAGUCACGACCAUGAUCAUGAGCUGAGAAGAGGGCCUUGGACGCUGGAGGAAGACACUCUUCUCACCCAUUACAUCGCCAGGCAUGGCGAAGGCCGCUGGAACAUGCUCGCUAAAUGUGCUGGACUGAAAAGAACUGGGAAGAGUUGCAGGCUAAGAUGGCUGAAUUACUUGAAGCCGGAUAUUAAGAGAGGGAAUCUCACUCCCAAAGAGCAGCUUCUGAUCCUUGAACUCCAUUCCAAGUGGGGUAAUAGGUGGUCACGAAUAGCUCAACAUCUGCCUGGAAGGACGGACAACGAGAUCAAGAACUACUGGAGGACGAGAGUGCAGAGGCAGGCUAGGCAGCUCAACAUCGAAUCCAACAGCAAAAAAUUCCUCGACGCUGUGAGGUGCUACUGGAUGCCACGUCUGCUUCAGAAAGUCGAGCAACAACAGCAACCAACUUCAUCAUCAUCAUCAGAUGGUCAACUUCCUGAUGAUCCUCCAGCUGGUUCUCUGUUCUCGCCUGCAGCAGAUCAUAGCCGCCAUCUUGAUGAUGAUCAGCAGCAACUCAUGGUCAACCCUUAUUAUUCUUUUCCGACACAAGAAGAGGAAACCGCCCACUUCUCCAACUCGGCCUCGGUCAACGAUCUCAUGACCGCCGCCCUUUCCACAGACAACACAACGACGUCGUACCAGCAGCAGCACCAGCAAAACACCGAGGCGGGGAAGAUUGCUGAAUCGGAGUAUGUCGGAAUAUUCUCCAUGGGAAACUGCAACUGGAACAUUGUUUUGGAAGAUGGAGACUGUCAUCAGUACCAUGAAGAGAUGGCGGAUCCAACAGCUGAUCAUGAAUUAUGCCAGGUGGGAGGCGAUGAUGGCAACUGGGUCGGGUAUAAUUAUGACGUGGCGGAUACACUCUGGAACUUGGAUGACACGUGGCAGUACGGGAUUCGAGGGAACGAGCAUCUAGCUAGUUAUUAG